AUGACGGUCAUGCAAAGCAUUCUGAAAAAGAUUGUCCACAAUGACGCCAUGGACUCGGACCCCCCCGAGAUCUAUGGUUGGAGAGUCUUCGCCCUCGCCGCCUCCGCCUGCUUCGGUGCCAUGUCCUUCGGCUGGGACAGUUCCGUCAUCGGCGGUAUUGUUGUGAUGGAGCCCUUCAAAAAGGAUUACGGUCUCCAAGAUGCCAAACCGGUCGAGACCGCCAACUUGACUGGUAACAUCGUCUCUACCCUCCAGGCGGGUUGCUUCGUCGGUGCCCUCAUCGCCUCCCCUUUGACCGACAGAUUUGGCCGCAAGUGGUGCCUCGUCAGCAUCGCCGCUGUCAUCCUCCUCGGUGUCGUCCUCCAAGCUGUCUCUUCCGGAAGAAUCGCUGCCAUCUUUGUCGGUCGCUUCGUCGCCGGUCUCGGUGUCGGUGCUGCCUCUAGUAUUAACCCCCUGUACGUCUCCGAGAACGCGCCCCGUGCCAUCCGUGGUCUCUUGACUGGUCUCUACCAACUAUUCAUCGUAACGGGUGGUAUGAUUGCCUUCUGGAUCAACUACGCCUCCGACCUCCACUUCUCCGGCAAGAUGAAGUACGUCUUCCCCCUCGCCAUCCAGGGCCUUCCCAGUCUCCUGCUUCUGCUUUGCAUGCUCUGCUGCAACGAGUCGCCUAGAUGGACGGCCCGACAGGACAAGUGGGAGGAGGCCAAGAAGAUCCUCUCCACCCUUCGUAACCUGCCCGAGAACCACCCCUACCUCGAGGACGAAUUCCAGGAGAUCGUCGACCAGAUCCACCACGAGAGACAACUGAUGGGUGACGCCACCUUCAUGAAGAUGCAGAAGGAGAUGUGGACCGUCAAGGGCAACCGCAACCGUGCUCUCAUCUCCAUCUUCCUCAUGAUCUGCCAGCAGAUGACGGGAACCAACGCCAUCAACACCUAUGCUCCGACCAUCUUCAAGAAUCUCGGCAUCCAGGGUCGCUCCACAGGUCUCUUCAGCACCGGUAUCUACGGCAUCGUCAAGGUGCUUGCUUGCAUCUGCUUCCUGCUCUUCAUGGCCGACUCUCUCGGCCGUCGUCGUUCGCUUCUGUGGACCUCAAUCGCGCAGGGCUGCUGCAUGCUCUACAUUGGACUCUACGUCCGCAUCUCCCCGCCUGUCGAAGGCCAGCCCGUUCCCGGUGCUGGAUACAUGGCCUUGGUUUCCAUCUUCUUGUUCGCGGCCUUCUUCCAGUUUGGUUGGGGUCCAGCUUGCUGGAUUUACGCGUCCGAGAUCCCGACUGCCCGUCUUCGAUCGCUCAACGUCGCCCUUGCCGCUGCUACUCAAUGGCUCUUCAACCUCAUCGUCGCCCGUACUGUCCCCAAUAUGCUGGCCACCGUCGGUGCCAAUGGCUAUGGAACCUACCUUAUCUUCGGAAGCUUCUGUUUCUCAAUGUUUGUCUUCGUAUGGUUCUUCGUCCCCGAGACCAAGGGUGUUUCUCUGGAGCACAUGGACGCGCUCUUCGGCGUCACGGAGUACGAUUCGGACAAGAAGCUAGCUACGGACAACGCCAGUGAUACUAAAUCGCCUGCCGAAAUUCAGGUCGAGUCCAUCAACCCCGCCCAUGCCCACGUCCGCAAGGAGGGUGCUUAA